AUGGCACCCUCGACUCGAUCAAGCUCAACAAGUCCGGUGAAAAAGGCUGUGCCACCACCAUCUCACCACCGCAUUCAACAACAGAGAGAACCACUCAAGCAUUUCAUUUUACCAAAAGGUCUAUCAAAUAGCGCUCGCUUUCUCCUCCUAAAACAUCCACGGUCCUCUAAAACACAGCGUUUCCUGUUUUGCCCAGGACAAGGCCUGUUUCAACUCACGAAGGUCAGCACCCCUACCGAUGACCCUCGCAGCUUUCUUUUUUCAAGGCCUGCGCAGGAUGCCUCAACAGACAUACAGCCGAAUAUGGACCUACAAAAGGAAGGAGGAACAAUUAGCGGAGGCUACAUCAGCAAAAGUCCUGAGCUCUUUGUUGCGACACCAUUCGACCUCGCAUUUCUCCUGAUCGCUCUGAUACUGCCGGCAACAAUCAAAGCCUCCAAGCCACUCUUCCAACCGCUGGACGAUAUUCUUGAAGAUCACAUCCAGGAAGACAAGCAUUUGAGAUAUCUAUACAGUCAUGGUCGAAGCUUCUUUGACGACGCAAUUUCAAAGUUCUGUGAUCAGAUUGAGGGUGGUGACGAGCAGUUAUACAGACCGAGUGAGGAGAAAACGCUACGGUUAGUCAUGCAGAAGGUCGAUGCUGUAAUUCGGGCCGGACUACCCGCGAGUCUUGACGACAAGUUUGUGAAGAGAAAACUGGAAAUGCCAGUGCUCAGCAUCCAGCGAGAGAACAGCUCAUUUUCUACAAACCUAGACAGCCCAUCACAAGACGAUUGUGACACACCCUCCGAAAAUUUGGAGUCACAAUCAUCUGCUGCCAGCUCAGCACCCUCACUGGUCUUCUCAGAGGUUUCUGCGAGCAGCUCGAUGACCACGAUAACCCCCGAAACCGUGCCCAGCAAGGUUCAUGGACUCCAACAGCAAAGUAUUGUGCUUGAAUUCAUCCUAACCUCAUAUGUACCAUUAUCGGUCGCUGACCGCCUGCAAGCUCGUUUUUCCGCUGCAGAUUCCCCCUUGAAUUUUAAACCUCUCAAGGAGCACCUCAAAACAAUUGCCGAAAUGAAGGCCGAUGCAGCCGCAUCGAGGUCACUUAGCGACUUCAACAGAAAGAGAGGACUCGAGGACGAUGAGGCAGCAGAGUUGAGAGAAGAAAAGAAGAGAAAGCAGGAUGAAGCAGCACAGAAGAAGAAAGCCGGAGAGUCCCGUGGAGUCAGAGACCUCAAAAAGGUUAACGUCUCGGGCAUGAAGAAGAUGAGCGAUUUCUUUGCGAAAAAACCUACAGCAAAGGCCAAAACUUGA